CACGAAAUCGAUCUUCUCCAAUUCAAACGUUCUCCGCUUCGUCUCCAGAGGUCUUAUCAUCGUCAUAUCUAGUCAGCCUGAACGAUUCGAUGGGUUUCUCAGACAAAAAGGUAGCUUCUCUGGGAUUGAUUUUCUUAUCUAUGAGGCAGCAAGACAUGCUGCAUUUGGUGCUCCAUGUCUAGUUAAUGGAAGCUAUAUGUGAUAGUUUUCUUCCUUCAAAAUGUUCUUCAUCAAGUGCUGAUGAGAACCUUGAUCAGUCCCCAACGUCUCUAGUCUCAGAUUCGACACUUCCCUUAGUUUCUCAAACGUUUAGCAAGUCUUCAACGUCUGAGCAUCAGCCAGUUUGCACCCACAUAAAUGGUUGGACACUGAUUCAGAUUCUUAAAACAGCUUCCAUGGCUAGUGGGGCAAUCAGGAGACUCCAAGACCGUGUUUUAGGGCCAAGUAGGACCGGCAUUCCCAGCAGUACAAGCGAGAUAUGGCUACUGGGUGUCUGUUAUAAAAUCUCAGAAAGUGAAUCCUCACAAGUAGCUGACGCAUUUACACAAGACUUUUCGUCCUUUGUACUAAUGACAUACCGUAGAGGUUUUGAGGCCAUUGGAGACACAACUUAUACUAGUGAUGUCAACUGGGGUUGCAUGCUUAGAAGCGGCCAAAUGCUCUUUGCACAGGCUUUGCUAUUUCAAAGGCUGGGAAGGUCUUGGAGGAAAAAGGAAUCUGAGGUUAGUUAUGUUGUCUUACUUACUGAAUAUACAAACAUUGAAAAUGAGCUUGUUUGGUUUGAAAAUGCAGCCACCUGAAGAGGGAUACUUAGAGAUCUUAGACCAUAUGCUGUUUGUCGAUCAUGGGAAGCAUUAGUUCGGAAGAGAAGAGAAGAAACUGAUGUUAAAGACCAUUCGUGUUCCAUGGCUGUUCAUAUCGUUUCUGGCAGCGAAGAUGGGGAGAGAGGUGGAGCUCCGAUUCUCUGUAUAGAAGAUGUCACCAAAACGUGUUUGGAAUAUUCAAAAGGAGAAACUGAGUGGACGUCAGUUCUUCUCUUUGUCCCACUGGUUCUUGGACUUGACAAAGUGAACCCAAGGUACAUUCCAUCACUGUUAGCCACUUUCACAUUCCCUCAAAGCCUGGGCAUUUUGGGUGGCAAACCAGGUGCAUCAACUUACAUAGUUGGAGUUCAAGAAGAUAAAGGCUUCUACCUUGAUCCGCACGAUGUCCUACAGGUAGUGACAGUCAACAAAGAAACUCAAGAUGUUGACACCUCCUCUUACCAUUGCAAUACUGUACGUUAUGUUCCCUUGGAGUCACUCGACCCGUCGCUAGCUCUUGGAUUCUACUGCCGGGAUAAAGAUGACUUUGAUGAUUUCUGCAUCCGAGCAACCAAGCUAGCCGGAGAUUCCAAUGGCGCUCCGUUGUUUACGGUGACUAAAUCUCACAGAACUGGUGAUCGUGGAAUCGCAGAAACCAGCACUGUGACAUGUACUUGUGAGGAGCAUGAAGAUGAGUGGCAAUUACUUUAACCAGUCUCCCUAAAUCCAUUUGUGCCUUUGUCCGAAAUAUUACAUUUUACAUCUCAAAAUAGUGAAAUACAGUUCUA